CAACAUGUGACAUUGUCGUCAAUACUGUUUAUUUCGAAAGGUCACCAUCUUGCUUAAGUUAAGUGAAAAGUAAUUAAUCAAUAAGUUUUGCAUAGUGAAUAUUUGGAAAUAAUUUAUAUUUGUUUUAACUUUUGUGUUGCGUUUAUGUGCUGCAAGUGUGGCGUGGAAAAUAGAAGAUAACGUUGAGAAAAAUGGCUAGUAAACGCCGUUCUAAACCAGUUGAUAUCGCCUUGCCAAAUGAGAUUUGGCUGGAGAUAUUCAACAAUAUCGACUACAAAGGCCUUCUGAACCUGACGCUGGUUUGUAAGCACUGGAACAAGCUCAUUUUCUCCCACAUGGCCGGUCGGUUUGUGCUCUCGUUCGAUGUGGACCAGCUCAUGUUCCCCCAGGAGGUCAUAGGAAUGGUACCCGAUCGACACUAUCGACAUCUUUGUGUCAAUUCGUUUAGACUGAACAGUUUGAACUACCUGUUCCGAAUUGUUAAACAACUGGCCGGGAAUUUGGACUCACUGAAGCUGCGCUUGAAGAUGCUUGAUUGUCAGCUUUUGGAGCUGCUGUUGCCUCUGUUAAAACGAUUGAAUGAACUGGACAUCAAAGCCACAUAUGUAGAGAACGGAGAAACAACUUACCGAAAACCUACGCUUCCUACAGUUAAAACUUUGAAGUUGGACAUCGCGAAUCGCGUUUCAAUCUACAAACUGGGCAGCCUUGAGUGGGUUCUACUAUCGUGCAUUCCAAACGUACAGAAACUCACAAUAUUCGUACAUGGUCCACAAGACCUUCCCAUUAUCGAUUCGUUGGCACCGCAACUAAAAGUUCUAAAGGCUUCUGUGGAUUGCGACACCCUCUACCUGUUCUUUCAAAUACGUUUGCCUGCGUUAACAUCAUUGGAUCUGACCGUGGAGAACUUGGAUCAACAAAGAUACCAGGUGUUCUGUGGCCGAACAGUUUUUCAGCCAUUUUUGCUUCAAUGCAAGAACUUGAAAAGCAUAACACUCGAGCACUGCGAGUUCGAUGAACAACCCUUGCCCAUGAUUUUCAAUAACUUUCCUGAACUGGAGACGUUGGAAUUAUAUGGUUAUUUGAUGUUGGACAUGUUGUCUCUAAGUGGGAUAGAAAAGAUGAAAAAAUUGAAGCGCCUCGUUAUAACGGAAAAUAUUGCAAGCAAGUCAUUUCUGCCAUCGCCCUCUGUACAAAGCCUGGGCUUUACUGGCUUUCCAUACCGUAAUGAUUUAAUCGAAGUUCUGAGGCGCUUCCCGAACCUAAAGUAUCUCACACUUCCUGGCAGUAAUUACGUAAAAGGCGAGCUACAAGCUAUUCCCAAGCAUGCGCCACAACUAAAGCAUCUAAUUGUGAAUCGUUUGAAACUCAUUAAGAUAGAUUUGCUAGAAGAAAUUAAGCAAAUGGUGGGCCUACGGACAGUUACCAUAGAAGUUACCAGUUUCAGCAGAGACAAGUUUCGUUUACUCAAACAAAUCAUUGUUCUCCCAGAACUGAGGACUUUGACGGUGAAAACUUCAUCGAACAUUCCGAUUGGAAUGGCCAGAUCCGUUGCCGCGACGAACCCGGCCUGCAAGCUAUUGCUGAAUAAGGAAUUGGUGAAACCACCCGUACCACGUCUUGCAAAUAAACGAAAGCGGCGUUCGGAUCAGGAGGUGGAAUCUGGUGGCAGCGACCUAAGUACCGUGUCAACCGAUGUUAGCGCUAGUGGUAGUAGCAGUAUGUUAAGUGUCAGUUCUUCGUCGAUUAAGUGUUCAUCACCUUCCGAAGGUAAACGCAUGUUCCUCGAUGUUUCCAAGUAAGGUGGUCGGGUUCAUGAGGAGCACCAUCAGCUGUUCAGUGUGAAAUCGAUUGUUGAACAUUUACAGUGCUUCGUGUUUCAUGUAUGUUUUUAAGUUUUAUAUUUAUAAUGAAUGUAAUGAGUUUUGUAUUUUUUUUUUUUGCUCGAAGCAAUUAGACAUCCGAUA